ACAAGAACCAGAAUAGUUGUUGAGGUAACCAACGUUUUAAUAGUAAGUGCUAUAUUUUCAAAUUAAGUUGUGCUUGCACUUUCAGCAAAACUUCACAGUCUCAUCUGACUACCUAUCUUAAGAAAUUACAACACGUUUUCAUUUAUCAACAGUCGCAUUGUUUGAUUUAACGUUUCAUUUGUCCGAAACUACUCCGAACAUCUGGAGCGAACAUUUUAGAAGUCAUUUUUAAAUUACGCAAUAUAAAGAAAAGAAAAAAAAAACGCAGUUCUCUAUUUUCUAUAGAAUCCAUUCAAGGGCACCCCCAAGAAAACACACCGCUUGGGCUGAACCACAGACUCUUGCCGUGGUAGUGUCCAGCUUUCACACCAUAGUGUUACUCUUAAGAGAAAGACGGGCACAGUGCUGGCGAGUAACAUGUAAUUGAUAAAUUACAGCUGGUUUUUUUCUUUUCGAGUCCUUUGCCCUACUCUACCGUAGGCGGCUGGCAUCCGGUACGAACUGUGUCUACUCAAGGUUAGGACUUAGACCACUAUGUAUCCUUAGAGCAAUACGCUAUCACCGCACCACCACGAAGACAAUCAACAACCGUCUAGUAACUUUGGACCAGUUACACAAGUUCCGUGUGGGGAAAAAGUUACUAUAAAUGGUUUUGCGUCUGUCCGACAGUGCGUCGUCUGCUACUUUGUGUUCGUCGGUGAACGGAUAAAUCUAGACAGCCGUCGAGAAACAGAGAACAGCAGCUGAAACGGAGGAACGGAUGGAUGGUUGAUAGGUUAGCUACGAGGCAAAACGUCGGGUGGUGUUCUGUUCUGUUUCUGAUGGUGGCCGUUCCUAUGCUGCCGCUGGCGCAGACGACAGAAGUAAAGCAAAGCCAGGCCGCCCCUUCCGUCGUCAAAUGGGUUUGACAAAAGAAGAUUGUGACGACAACUGCUGACAAUAUGCGACGGUUGAUGCGGGUUGCUGUGCCUGUACUGUCGCUGCUGUUUGUCGCGGUCCCAUGUGAAAAGUGGUGACGCUCGUCGCGACGCUGCUAACGAUAUCAUAUAGAGUUACGACGGGAACAGAGAGAGGAGGUCUUCUGUCUUCCGUGCCGACCCGCACAAAACUAAGAAAAACUUGUGCUACUGACGACACUCAGUGCUCGAGUAGAUAUCAUACUUCUCUGGACAACUGCUGAGUGUGGCAUGGUAUCCCUUCCUGUAGCUUUGAAAGCAGAUCACUUCGUCUAGCAUCAUUCAUGGAGAGUAAACGCAUACGGUCAAUCGUACUAAUAAAUGGAACGCAUGAAGCUUUCAAUGGAAAACAACGAGAUGUCCGCGAGCUGCAAGCCCAGCCGCGCGGCACCACCUCCUCCGGUGCCUAGUCACGCGCCCAAUGCCAAUCAUCACAGUAAUCGUAGCCAUUUCAAUGGGGAUCGGAACAAUAACCGGAGUACGGCUACAGCGAAGAUACCCACAGUCAUCCGGCCAAAAAUGGUCGAGACACCGACAAAAAAAGCUCCUCCAAGACCACCUCCGCCCAGGGUCGACUAUGUUCCUACCCGUACAACAUCGCUAUCGAAGACAUCUGUAGGACCUCCACCGGCGGUACCCACGCCUCCAGCGCACAAAACCCUGUCGAAAGGAAAUACUAAUCACAAGGGUUUACAUAUCAACACAGCUAAAGCUUUGAGAAGGGUUAAAAUUUUCGGUCAGCUAGUGUUCUACUCGUCCUAUUUUAUGGUUGCUUCGAUAAAGUCAAGCGUCCGAUCGACGUACGAUAAACAUUUUUCUCCUGCGACUGAAGGUUACUGCCGAUCAAGGUACUGGGAGUCCACUGAUUACGGUCAAGCAAACACUGAUAUGUCCUAUUGCAAUUGUAAAUCUACUUCUGGUGGAAGCAGUAAAUCAUCAACGUCAAAUGCGAACAGCGAAUUCGUCACGUCAGGCCUCGGCGGGGGCUACGGUAGUUAUACGAAUCAGGCCUUGUCGCAACCACCUCGAACUAACAGCAAGAAACAGGCACCGCUACCUCCACGCGGCCAGAACGGUUUUGGAGGAGGAAGCCAUGUCGUAGCGACGGGGACACUAAUCAGCCUCGAUACUCCACCAUCCUCGCCAGGAGCAUUUGGUACUGACUUAUUGCUCCAGGCACCUGCAUCAAAGAACCACAUCGCAUCGAACAAUGUACAAAGUCUGCUUGAUGUCGACUUUCCCGAGCCUGUAAAUACAAGUGAAGGUUGUUUACUCGACAUGGAUAUUCCGCCACUGAUUUCAACUAUAUCAACCUCUAUGUCAGUCGAUAAUUUUGGUUCCACACCCUUUGAUCCAUUUGUAUCGCAAGCACAACAGCCUCAACUCAAUCGCAAAUUAUCGCUACCGGCGAUCACUGGAAGUCUGGUGCAACCACUUCUUCCGUUCAAUGGAACGUCGUCGAGGAUAAGCCAAAUCCGAGAGGAAAGUAACGCGGUGCCACCGGGAUCACCCCCACCACCUCGCGGUCCGGCACCUCAGUUGCAUCUUCAUGACACUUCGGUAGUUCACCCGAACCCAUGCGGAAUGGCACUACAGGAUCACCAACAACCCGCUACUGGUGAACUCGCCUUUAGUCAAUAUGACCUCAUAGAGCUUGUAUCAGAUCACAACGACAGGUACUACAUGUGCCGACUGGACGAUCAGGAAGGACUUGUGCGUAAAAAUGCGCUUGAGAUACUUACGCCCCUCGAGGACUCACAGCAGGAUUCGGAGCCGGAAUGUUUGCAGGAUGUCUGGAGGAGCGGUGGAAUAAACAAACACCAGAGCACUAAUCUUUGCAACGUAAAUGUAAUUAUAUUAUUUUACGCUGUUUUUUUUUGCUGCUUAGGUUUCUUCUAUUAUUGUUAUAUUUCAAUGUUUAUAGUCGUGCCAUUAUUAGGCCUGUCUCUGCUGUCAAUGCUCAUGGACGUCGCUUCCCUGUCUAUCCACAAUGUCAACUCGGACAAAUGCUAUACGAUCCCGCCAGGUGACGCUGGAGCCUGUGCUGGUUUCGCUAAGCUUAUCGUAGGUGGUGUCAUGCUGGGUCCGCGUUCGCCUGCGCUGGUUUUGCUUUGCUUUGCCGUGAUUCAUUCGUGGUCGCAGUGGAUCGUGUGGCGGGAAGGAGGGGAAUAG